AUGGCCGAUACUCCUCCCACCGUCCCCGAGGUCGCUGCGCCAGCCGCCACCGAGCAAACGGCUGCCAGCGAGCCUGUUGCCGCGCCGGCUGGUGGCGACGCCGCCAACGAGGCCAACGCCAUCACGGAUGCACCCAAGGAGGACACCGAGAAGGUUGAGGGCGUCAGCGCCGCCUCGUCGCUCACUGCGAGCACGCUACCACGAACCUUCGCUAACACUGCUUCUGUAGAUGCGACCAAGACAGAGGAUAUCGCGGCUACCAAGGGCGAUAUUGAAAUUAAGGAGGCUUCUGAGGCUGCACCGGCCGUGACUGCGACCGAGACGCCCAAUUCGAAGAAAAAUAAUCGCCGCAAGUCUGUCGGCGGGGGGCUGAGCAGAAAGGGCUCCAAGGCCCGGCUCACUCACACUGACGCCAAGCCAGGUGACCACUUUUUGGUGAAACUCAAAGGUUUCCCCCCGUGGCCCGUCAUCAUUUGCGAGGAGAGCAUGCUUCCUCCGGCUUUGACUAGCUCCCGCCCCGUCUCCGCCGCCAAAGCCGACGGCACCUACGCGGACGCGUAUGCGGACGGCGGCAAGAGAGUGGGCGACCGCACGUUUCCCAUCAUGUAUCUCGCCACCUAUGAAUUACACAGUGGCUGGGCUGGCAAUACUACCCUGACCGAGCUUACAGCGGAAAAGGCCGAGAACUCCAUCAACGAAAAGAUGCGCAAGGACCUGCGCUUGGCUUUCGAGAUCGCUGUAGAGCAGAACCCGGUCGAGUAUUACAAGAACUUUCUCGCAAAGAUUGAGGAGGAGCGCAUUGCUGAAAACAAGGCCCUUGAAGAGGCCGAGGCAGAAGAAAGGGCCUAUAAAGAGGCUGAGGCUGCCAGAAAGGAAGCGGCUGCGACGCCAAAGAAGAGCAAGAAGAGCAAGAAGGCUGAAGAAGACGACGUGGAAAUGGCUGAUGACUCUGCCAAGCCCAAGUCGAAGAAGCGCAAGGCCGAGGAGGAUGCCAGUACCCCCCAGCGCCCUGAUUCCGUCAAGAAGCCCAAGAUCAAGCUUAACACGUCUUCGACACCCAAGGCCAACGGAACUCCAAGCAAGAAGGCUGAAUCUGCCGCCAAGCCCAAGUCUGACAAGAAGACCAAGGAUGCAAAGAAGCCAAAGGAGCCCAAGAUGACUCCUGAGGAGAAGCGCGAGCGCAGACAGAGAGAGGUUUUCUUCCUGCGCCACAAGCUUCAAAAGGGCCUCUUGUCCAAGGACACGCCUCCUGUGGAGGGCGAGAUGAAGGGCAUGUCGGAUUACCUAACCGCCCUGGAGACAUUUACAGAUCUUGAGGCUUCCAUAAUUCGCGAGACCAAGAUCAACAAGGUGCUCAAGGCCAUUCUGAAGAUGGACAGCAUCCCUCGCGAAGAGGAGUUCAGCUUCAAGAAGAGGUCACAGGGUCUGCUGGACAAGUGGAACAAGCUUCUCGCUAGUGCUGCCGCUGCUGCCCCGGCCGGUAACACUAAUGGUGUGAACGGCUCCGGAGAGAAGAAGGAUACGAAUGGCGCCAAAGACGGCGCUGCUGAGGGCAAGCCUUCGUCGGAAAAGCCUACUGAAGUGAAGGAGGAGACAGAGCCUGCGGAGCCUGUCAAGGCCGAGGAAAAGGCCACCGAGGCAGUUGCAACAGCUGCCGAGUAA